AUGUAUGUGUACCGUAAUGCACUGAACACACGUAUGGGACUGAACAUGGGUGCCACAGGGACUACUAAAGAUGUAGCAGAAGAAUCCGUAUCAGAUGAUGACAAAAGGAGGAACUAUGGUGGCGUGUAUGUUGGCCUGCCAUCGGAUGCGGCUGCCAUGGUUUCCAGUCAGACGAAAGCUACACCGAAAGGUAUUGGAAGGGAAAGCCUAGAGGAAUUUGUAGUGGUAAGCAUGUUUCAGAGGCUCUUGGGACCACCGUUGAGGCUGGGUGACGUGGUGAGGAGCCCGCACAUCGCCAGCAGGCAGUCUAGCAAGGGGCUGGAUCUCCCUCUCUGCCCUCUCCCUCCUUUCUGCCACCUCACAGAAGUUUCUCUGCCCAAGAAGCGCAGCCCCAACGCGUUUUACAUUGGCCGGAGAACAAGGAUUUAUCACCUCUUAUGUCUGCAAUAA